CAGUACUCUCCAGUCUCCGCUUCUCUUCACCAGCAAAAUGUCGACCGCUCCUCUCUCCGGCUUCUUCCUCACUUCUCUCACUCCUUCUCAAUCUUCUCUCCAAAAACUCUCUCUUCGUACUUCUUCCACCGUCGCUUGCCUCCCCUCCUCUUCUUCCUCCCCCUCCUCCUCCUCUUCUUCCCGUUCCGUUCCAACCCUUAUCCGUAACGAGCCCGUUUUUGCCGCUCCUGCUCCUAUCAUCGCCCCUUAUUGGAGCGAAGAGAUGGGAAGCGAAUCAUACGACGAGGCUAUCGAAGCUCUCAAGAAGCUUCUCAUCGAGAAGGGAGAGCUAAAGACGGUUGCGGCGGCAAAGGUGGAGCAGAUCACGGCGGAGCUUCAGACAGGCACUUCGUCCGACAAGAAGGCUUUUGACCCCGUCGAAACCAUUAAGCAGGGCUUCAUCACUUUCAAGAAGGAGAAUUAUGUACAAAACAUGAUUACUCUUUUUAUAACGGCCAAACAACACAAGAACAGAGAAAGCUGGUAGUACCUUAAGCUUCCUCUGUAACUAAUUACAAUGGCUCACUUCCUUGA